AAAUCGAUUUUUCCUUUUCCUCUUUUUUCUCAUUUUCAGACUUUUCAACAGUGGGAAAGAAAAUCCUCUCUCACUGGGAUUUGCUUCCUUUUUUUUCUUCUUCCGCCAUGACUCUCUAAGAGCUCUCUCUCUCAUCUCUCUCUCUCUCUCUACCAAUCUUUGUUAGGUUUCCGCUAAGAAUCGCCUUCCUCUUCUCGUGCUUCCGAACAUGGGAGGUGACAAAGGAAUCACUCUUGAAGAGAUAAAAAAUGAGUCCGUCGAUCUGGAACGGAUUCCAAUGGAGGAAGUCUUUGAACAGUUGAAAUGCACAAGGCAAGGGCUAACAUCAGAAGAAGGUGCCAACCGGCUCCAAGUUUUUGGACCCAACAAAUUGGAAGAGAAAAAGGAAAGCAAAUUUCUCAAGUUUCUGGGCUUUAUGUGGAAUCCUUUGUCCUGGGUCAUGGAAGCUGCUGCUUUGAUGGCUAUUGCCUUGGCAAAUGGUGAUGGGAGGCCUCCGGAUUGGCAGGACUUUGUUGGUAUCAUUGUCUUGCUGUUGAUCAACUCUACCAUCAGUUUUAUUGAGGAAAACAAUGCUGGUAAUGCAGCGGCAGCCCUCAUGGCUGGUCUUGCUCCCAAGACUAAGGUUCUUAGAGAUGGUCGAUGGACUGAGCAAGAUGCUGCCAUUCUGGUUCCAGGAGACAUAAUCAGCAUUAAGUUGGGAGAUAUUAUUCCUGCUGAUGCUCGUCUUCUCGAGGGUGAUCCUUUAAAGAUUGAUCAAUCUGCUCUAACUGGAGAGUCCCUUCCUGUCACCAAGCAUCCCUCAGAAGAAGUGUUUUCUGGCUCAACAUGUAAACAAGGUGAAAUUGAAGCAGUUGUGAUUGCAACUGGUGUGCACACCUUCUUUGGUAAAGCUGCCCAUCUGGUGGACAGCACCAACCAAGUUGGACACUUCCAGAAAGUUCUUACUGCUAUUGGUAACUUCUGCAUUUGUUCGAUUGCUGUUGGUAUAAUAAUCGAGAUCAUAGUCAUGUACCCAAUCCAGCACCGCAAGUAUAGGGAUGGAAUUGACAAUUUGCUGGUUCUCUUGAUUGGAGGAAUUCCAAUUGCCAUGCCAACUGUUUUAUCUGUCACGAUGGCUAUUGGUUCCCACAGGCUUUCUCAACAAGGUGCUAUUACCAAAAGAAUGACAGCCAUUGAGGAAAUGGCUGGCAUGGAUGUCCUCUGCAGUGACAAGACAGGAACUCUGACCCUGAACAAGUUGACUGUUGACAGAAACCUUAUUGAAGUGUUUGCCAAAGGUGUGGAAAAGGAGUACGUCAUCCUUCUUGCAGCUAGGGCUUCAAGGACUGAAAAUCAGGAUGCUAUUGAUGCUGCAAUUGUUGGAAUGCUUGCAGAUCCAAAGGAGGCAAGAGCUGGCAUAAGAGAGGUCCACUUUCUUCCAUUUAACCCUGUUGACAAGAGAACUGCUCUGACCUACAUUGAUUCUGAGGGAAGCUGGCAUCGAGCUAGCAAAGGAGCCCCUGAACAGAUAAUUACCCUGUGCAACUGCAGAGAAGAUGUCAAGAAAAAGGUUCAUGCAGUAAUUGAUAAGUUUGCUGAACGUGGACUUCGUUCUUUAGCCGUUGCAAGACAGGAAGUACCCGAGAAGACAAAAGAGAGUGCAGGAGCACCAUGGCAAUUUGUUGGUCUGCUGCCUCUCUUUGAUCCUCCUAGACAUGACAGUGCUGAAACUAUUCGAAGAGCUCUCAACCUUGGUGUCAAUGUUAAGAUGAUUACUGGGGAUCAGCUGGCCAUUGCUAAGGAAACUGGUCGGAGGCUUGGUAUGGGAACAAACAUGUACCCAUCUUCAUCAUUGCUCGGUCAAGACAAAGAUGCAAACAUUGCGGCACUUCCAGUCGACGAAUUGAUUGAGAAGGCUGACGGAUUUGCUGGAGUUUUUCCAGAACACAAGUAUGAAAUCGUAAAGAGGCUGCAGGAGAGGAAGCACAUAUGUGGAAUGACAGGAGAUGGUGUCAAUGAUGCCCCUGCACUAAAGAAAGCAGAUAUUGGUAUUGCUGUUGCUGAUGCUACUGAUGCUGCUAGAAGUGCCUCAGACAUUGUCCUUACUGAACCUGGGUUGAGUGUUAUUAUCAGUGCAGUGCUGACCAGCAGGGCCAUUUUCCAAAGAAUGAAGAACUACACCAUAUAUGCAGUUUCAAUUACCAUCAGAAUAGUGUUUGGCUUCUUGUUCAUUGCUCUGAUAUGGAAAUUUGACUUUGCGCCCUUCAUGGUUUUGAUCAUUGCCAUCCUAAACGACGGAACAAUCAUGACAAUAUCCAAAGACAGAGUGAAGCCAUCCCCACAACCAGACAGCUGGAAACUGAGAGAGAUUUUUGCCACUGGCAUUGUGCUUGGAGGUUACUUGGCACUAAUGACUGUCAUCUUCUUCUGGGUCAUGAAAGAUACCAACUUCUUCUCCGACAAAUUUGGUGUAAGAUCAUUGAGGGAUAACCCCAAGGAAAUGAUGGCAGCGCUGUACCUGCAAGUGAGUAUUGUGAGUCAGGCCCUCAUAUUUGUCACGAGGUCUCGCAGCUGGUCCUACGUUGAACUCCCUGGACUUCUUUUACUCGGCGCCUUCGUAAUCGCACAACUGGUGGCAACUCUCAUAGCCGUCUAUGCAAACUGGGGUUUCGCACGAAUAAAGGGUGCUGGCUGGGGCUGGGCUGGUGUAAUCUGGCUAUACAGUUUGGUAACAUAUGUUCCUCUUGAUUUCCUCAAAUUUGCAAUCCGCUACAUUCUGAGUGGAAAAGCUUGGGAUAACCUCCUGGAGAACAAGACUGCCUUCACCACCAAGAAAGACUACGGUAAAGAAGAGAGGGAAGCACAGUGGGCUGCAGCACAGAGGACUCUACAUGGUCUUCAGCCACCUGAAAGCACCAACCUUUUCCCGGAAAAGAGCAGUUACCGGGAGCUUUCAGAGAUUGCAGAACAAGCUAAGCGGCGGGCUGAAGUUGCAAGGCUUCGGGAACUGCAUACACUCAAGGGUCAUGUUGAGUCAGUGGUGAAGCUGAAAGGACUUGACAUUGACACAAUUCAACAACAUUACACAGUUUGAAGAGCUAAGGAGAGUUUUCAAAGCGAAGAAAAAGGCUAAUGGUUAAUCAUGGACAAGAAGCUCAAAAAGCUGUGAUGAUGAUGAUGAACUUUUGGUAAAAGUCUUGUGUCUAGAAUAGGGUGAAUUUUCCUCUUGCUAGAAAUUUUAGUUGGUUAGUUUUUGAAUGUCACCUAAAGGCAGAGGAAAAGUACUGUUUCUCUUUUAAAGCUAAACGAGAUAAAUUACAUUUUCUUUAUCUUCUCUUUCUGUAUGAAGCGUCUUGGCCAAGAGAGGUUUCUCGCUGCAAUCGAUUCCUAACAUCUGAUCGGAUCUUGAAUGUGAUUUGUUCUUGCAUUAUCGAUCACCGUACAUAAUAGGACAUGAAGUUCUGGUUUUGGCGAUCGACUAUGAACAUUGCAUUAAUAAGAGCUGAAAAUUAAAGAUCGUUCUCUUAGUUUUUCAGAUUAUGUUCUUUAAAUACCUCUAAAGAGUGUCGUAUAAGAUUUGAGGGAUUCUUUUCUUCAUAAAGCAUAUUUUGUUGCUUGUUGUACUUCAAACGUUGGAAAUUAAUAAUUCUGCACUAGGCCAAAUUUCAGUGUCUUUU